CCUACACAUUACAAUGACCUUGAUGGCGGACAUGAAUUGGAGAAAAGCUCAGUAAUACCAGCAGCUGACGAGCUUUUUGAUGGCGGAAAAAUCAAGCCUUUAAUAAAUUCGCCCUUUGAGUCCCCGAUAUCACCAAAGCGGAGGUUCAAACAUAAUAAAAAGAGCACAAUUGAACCAAUUGUAGAAGCCAAGGAAAGAACUCAAAACUCUAUAAGAAAUAAUUCUUCAGGUUCCUGUAGACACAAAGCGACGAGAUCAACAAGAUCAUUAUCUCCUCUGAGAGUAUCGGAUUUAUUGUUAAUUGAUGAUGAUGAUGAAAGUAUUGAUCAAGAAAAAACAGAAUCCUCUGUUUCAUCGUUGAUAUCGCUAUGGAAUAGUUGGAAGUUGAAAGACUUAUUGCUAUUCAGAAGUGCUUCUGAGAGUCGAGCAAGUAGCAGUACAGAAGAGUUAAACAAGUAUUCUCUAGUGAAGAAAAUCCGUCAAGAAAAUGUGAAGAAUUCAUCGGAAUUGAGUUCGAGGAGGAAGAUGAGGAGACCGAUUUCGGCUCAUGAAUUGCAUUACAAGAUGAAGAAGGAGAUGUUGCAAGAUAUGAAGAAGAAAACUUCCUUGCCAUAUAAGCAAGGUCUACUUGGUUGGCAUGGUUGCUAUGGCCUCGAUGAUACAAUUUCAGCUUACAUGACUCCUCGUCAAUAGUUAAUAAUCUGAUUCUUUCCAUGUGUAAUUACAUUUAUUUGUUUGAUAUACACUUCUGAUUUCCACCUCAUCCGAUGUGAAUGUUUCCAAUGAUCCCUUGCCGGAGAGUUUGAACUUGAUGAGCUCAACUUCUAAAGUUCUUAAUAUUGAACUCAAUUUAUUGGGUUCAAAAUUUAAUAUUUUGGUUGCUCUAACCAUACAAAAAAGGUCUCUUGGUUGCUCUGAGCUCGAUGAUAUAAUCAUAGUGUACAUGCAUGACGCGUUGUCAAUAGUUCUUAGGUAGAAUAGAUUGGGACACCUUGGAACCUGAAGACUUUCAUUUAGUGCAGUGUGCACAUCCGAACUUACGCUGGCAUAGUCACCCUUUUGAACAAGACAUUUCAGUAUUUUUGACCCUCUUGACAAUCCAAGAAACAGAGGGUUUGUAGCUUUCACCAAAGCUGAGUAUAAAUCAGUCGCUUCCAGUGGUGUUGAACUGUGUUGGGUCCAAAAUCUCCUGUCGAUCUUAUCCUUCUACGUAUCUUGUCUUCCAUUCACGGAUGAAAAAUUUGGAAAUUGAUCACCACUUUAAUCAUUUUAUGGUGUAAUGGGGUCAAUUUCGAGCUGCUCACACUUCAACAAAUUAAAGGAUGAGCAUGUUGACCUACUGACAAAGCCUCUCUCCUGCCACGACUUCGAAUGGUAAAAACUUAUCUGCACUAGUAAAUUAUAGUAUCAAAUUAUUAGAUGUACGCCUUGUGUUUCUUUAUGAUUUUUGAAAACUUAAUUAUGGUUAACGAAUACAUAUUAUCACAUAAUUAAAUCAUCUAUCAUGGUAAAUUAAUAUGAUUUGGGUUAAACACCUGGUGCAAAUAAAUUUUUACCACUUUGAAGUUUGAAUAGUUGGAGUCCAAGUAGGGGUGGAUGUAGCCUUUGGGCUUCAGGUUCAUCCAAUUCGGAACUUUCGACAUAGAGCGUAGAUAUUACUACUAUAUAUAAGGGAGAAUCCUCAUUUUUUGUAGUCCUUACAUGAUUUUUUUUUAUCCCUUUUUACCCUUACUUGAAAUUUUUAUAACUUUAUAAAUUGUCACACAUUUUAGUAAAUUUUAAGAACUUUUAGGGCUUUUUUUAUGCCACUAAAAAAGAUGAUGUCAUCAAAAAUGUUAUAAUGACCCCCACAAAGCAUACUCA